CCCGAGCAGCUGAUAGCAGAGUCCAUCAGGAAGAAGAGCAGGUCCAUGCACCUUUCCCCUCAGCAGCUCCGCCUCUGCGUACAAGAGUACCAGGGCCAGUACAUCCUCAAGGUGUGUGGCUGUGACGAGUACCUGUUGGAAAAGUAUCCACUCAGUCAGUACAAGUACAUCCGCUCCUGUAUCAUCGUAGGUCGUCUUCCUCACCUCAUGCUGGUCUCCAAGGACAGUCUUUACUGUCAACUUCCCGCCUCCAGCUUCGUCACUCCUUCCUACAGUCGCCGGACCCCGCAGCCAUCUCCCUGUCCCGGAGGGACCGACGGGUCUCCGCCACGCUCGCUGUGGGCCUUCAACAGCCGGCUGAGGGUCCGACUGCUCUGCGCCACCUACGUCAACGUCAACAUCCGAGACAUUGACAAGAUCUACGUAAGAACGGGGAUUUAUCAUGGAGGAGAGCCGCUGUGUGACAAUGUCAACACGCAAAGAGUCCCAUGCUCGAACCCGAGAUGGAACGAAUGGCUGACCUAUGACAUCUACCUGGCCGACCUGCCCCGCUCAGCCCGACUCUGCCUGUCUAUCUGCUCUGUGAAGGGAAGGAAAGGAGCGAAGGAGGUAGGAAAGAAAUGGAGAAAGGAAACAAGAAGUAGGAGAGAAGAGGAAGAGAAGCCACCAAAUGAAUGACUCUCUGUCCAUUUG